AUGCUGAGCAAGCACGUCUACUAUGGCAAGAACUAUGGCUACGUCCAUCUCGCGAGCAACCACACCUUGUCGUACGGGGCUGUGGCCCAGCCCUACUCGACCGGCGGCGCGACGCUUGUGCAGAUGGUCUCGGACAUGAUGUCGUGGGCCAUCCACAACGCCGCGCUCUCGACUGCGCUUGGCCUCGCGUCGUACGUCGCGUACGCUCGGCUGCGGUCGCACAGCGCAUAGGACCAACUCGACGAGGAUUCGCAUUCGAUCAUGGCGUCGAAUGCUUAGAAGCAACACAGUCUCUGAACAAACGGCUCAAGGAGAG